AUGACAGUUCCAAGAGAGAUUAUCUCGGAGAUACUGAAGCAUCUUCCUGUUAAAACUUUGCUGAGAUUGAGGUGUGUUUCUAAGUUGUGGUGCUCCGUCAUUGACGAUCCCUUGUUUGUUGAUUUACAUCAUUCUUUCUCCCAGACUCAGCCCGGCCGUAUCAACCUUCUCGUAGCAGCAUUUGUCACACUAUGCACUGUAGAUCCGAAAGGAAGCCCUGCCAUUGACAUUCUAGAUCUGUCCGAGCUCGACCACGACCACGAGUUAAAUUUGGAGAAUCCUACGGAUGAAUCAGGGUUUCCUACCCCUAUUCAGUCCGUGAAUGGCUUAGUCUGUACAAGCAACAGUAUAUUGAAUCCUAGCAGAAGAGAAAGCAAAGCUCUUCCACCCAUGAAGACCGCUGAUAUCAUGCCAGUGGUGCCAUUGGGUGUCAACAAAUACAAAACCCUUUCGCAAUGCUAUUUAGGGUUUGAUUCUUCCUCCAAGAAAUACAAAGUUGUAAGCAUGUUUUGCAUUAAUACCCGAAGAAAGGACAGAUCACUGGAAAUUGGAGAUGUCCGGUACAAGAUUAUGACUCUCGGUACAGAUCAUUCAUGGAGAGACAUUGAUUCUGUCCCGCAUCAAUUAAACAGAUUUUAUGUUGAACGACAGUUUUGUUACGUUGCCGAUGUUAUAUACUGUUUAGGUAAGAUUAACGAGUCUCGUAAGAUUAACGAUUGGAGCGAUCUACCAGUGAUAGUAGCUUUCGAGGUAAGGAAUGAGAAGUUCGGAAUAAUACCUCUUCCCCAAGGGACGACUGGAAUUGGAUUUUGUGAUCGGGACACCGCUAGUCGUAGUAUUGCUUAUUCCAUACAAGUCGGCGAACAUUUGGCUCUGAUUGAUACUUGUGUUACAACGAUUUGGAUAUUAGAAGACUACACCAAGCAAGUGUGGAGUAGGCACAGUAUCAUCCUUCCAUCUUGUUAUACUGCGGAUGAGAAUGAACUGUUUUUAACACCAGUUGGUACCAUCCACACUGGUGAAAUUUUAAUAAAAGUAAGUUCAAGAUUAUCAGAAUUAUCAGAAUUGUUAUACUAUAAUCUGGAAAGGAAAACAUUGAGGACCACAGCUAAGGUCAAGAUUGUAGCUCGUGGACACUAUCACUGUAGGGGCAAGCAGAGUCUGGAUGACGAGGCCGGACCAUCUCAUGCCCAGGAGACCACUCCACCUCAGUCUCUAGUUGACAGCUGCCUACAGUCUUCAGACGGAGCAUCUUCUUCACAGGGUGAUGCUGAGGAUGAGCAUAUACCAUCUCCACCACCACAGCCAGCUUAG